AUGUACAACAGCAGGCCCCUCGCAUAUGCGCCUACGCCUUAUAUUCCGCGCUCUAAUUUGGCCGCGACCAUCAAUCUCGACGAGGAAGUCAAGCUCUCAACAACAAACGCGGAGCGCGACUUGAACGAUUCUCUUGCCGAAAUCUACAGCAUCAUCAUCACUCUGGAUGCCGUCGAGAAGGCCUACCUCAAGGACUCGAUUGCCGAAGCCGACUACACCGAGACAUGCAGCCGGUUAAUGAAGCAGUACAAAUCGAAUCUCGCCAAUGAGACGGUUGCACGAGCAUUCGGUGAUCUGGAUCAGUUCGCCAGGGAGUGGCAUAUGGAGUGUCCAAGGGCCGUCGAGCGAUUGCGCGUCGGCAUACCCGCUACCGUCGAACAAGGCUCAUCGAGACCAGCUCAGCAAGGCGAUUUUGGCGAUGCGACACUUGUAGUCAAUGCGACCGAGACGUUUAUUACUCUGCUGGACGCUAUUAAGAUUGGACUCGUGGAGAAGGACACACUACAUCCUCUUCUUGUUGAAAUCAUACAAGCAGUCAACAAGGUGACUGACGUCGACUUUGAAAACAAGGGCAAGAUUGUCCAGUGGCUGAUUACGCUGAACCAAAUGCGCGCAGCCGACAAGCUGAACGACGAACAGGCGCGCGAGUUCCAGUUUGACAUGGACCAGGCUCUCCGUGCAGUCCUCGACCUUCCUCAAAUCUACACCAAGCCCUCUGCUGAGGCCCUUCUCGAUACCCUCAAACUUCUCACAACUGCCCCACCAUCAUGGGAGGAGCCUGGAGAAUCGAAGCGCAAAGACGGACAAGCGCCGGCAGUCACAGUCAGUCCAGAAGGUGUCACAGGGUACCUCACGAGCAUCAUUGGCAGUGACCUACGGUGGAUAGAGGGUGAAGAAUUGAAGGAGCAGAUCUGGGACCAAGCCAGCGCAAGGCUCAGCGAGCGCUCUGGACGGUCUGCCAUGGGCGCAAUGUCACGUUCAUUUCACAUUCCCACCUCCUCCGACGCUUUCAACCUCAGUAUCCAUGAACCGACUAUGACUGGCGACGACCUGGGUCUGAAAACUUGGGCAGCCUCGUAUCUCCUCGCGAAACGCCUCAGCUCGUUCGAUCUGGUCCCCAAGGAUACACAAAGUAGAUUACAAGUCCUUGAACUUGGUUCGGGAACUGGGCUGGUUGGACUCGCCAUGGCAGGCCUGGGUGCAGACGUCGUGCUGACAGACCUGCCCAGCAUCUGCCCAAACCUUAAAUACAACAUACUUCAGAAUGACGAUGUGGUUAGCGGGAACAAUGGAAGUGCUCGCGCAGCCGUGCUUGAUUGGACUGAGCCUCAGGUCUGCGAGCCGCUACAGGACGACGGUGAGGCCGUGCCCGCAAAGUUUCCAGUAAUCCUGGCUGCAGAUUCGCUGUACUCUGCAGAUCAUCCCCGCAUGCUGGUAGACGCGAUUGCGGUUUGGCUUUCGCAGGAUAGCGAGGCCAAGGUCAUUGUGGAGUUUCCCUACAGAGAUGCAUAUCUGCCGCAGAUUGAAGACUUUCGCCGUCGGAUGCUUGAGAUUGGGCUGCAGAUAGUGGAUGAAGGUGAAGAGAAAGGAUAUGACGACUGGGGCGCGUCCAGGGCGAGCGGUGACCCAGACGACGGUGCGCUCGUGACAUGUUGGUGGGCAUGUUGGACGAGGAAAGGCUCAAGUGGUAAAAGGCCACCAGUCAAUGGCUAA